AGAAUGUAUCUCUCCAGAAAAAGAAUGAGAGCACACCAAGUGAGAAAGAAAGAAAGCCCCGAUAGAGAAGGAAGAAAGAGGAAGAGUGAGAGCAGAGAGCAGAGAGAAAAAUCAGUGAGCCAGUGAGAUUGUAAACACUAAAGCUGUAGCCCUAUUAUUUUACAUAGUCAAUAUUCCAACAUAUACCGUUCAUUUUACAACAUAUAUUUCUACUAGAGACAGAGAGAGAGGGUCAGAAAUAUGGAAGUAGCUGAAGAGAUAGAGAUUGCCAUAGUUGGUGGUGGAAUCUGCGGCCUUGCAACUGCCCUUGCUCUUCAUAGGAAGGGUUUGAGGAGUGUGGUGUUGGAAAGAUCAGAAUCCCUGCGUGCCACCGGGGCAGCAAUCACCAUUCGACCAAAUGGUUGGCGAGCUUUGGAUGAACUUGGUGUGGCCUCCAAGCUCAGACAGACUGCCGUGCCGCUUCAAGGGACUACAGACAUAUGCCUCAAUAGUGGGAAGCAACGAGAAAUACCGAUUGGGCCUAACCUUAUAAUUAAUUAUAGAGGUGGGGAAACAAGAUGCCUGAAACGGACGGAUCUGAUCACAGCACUAGCAGAUAGCUUGCCACGUGGCACCAUACGCCUUGGAUGCCAAGCACUCUCUGUUAAGUUAGACUCAUCAACUACCAGUCCAAGUCUUCAUCUCCAGAAUGGAAGCUCCAUCAAAGCCAAGGUUUUGAUUGGAUGUGAUGGAGCCAACUCAGUUGUUGCAGAUUUUCUUGACCUAAAACCAACAAAGCUCUUCUCAUUAUCGGCGGUUAGAGGUUUUACAAUGUAUCCAAGUGGUCAUAAUUUUGAGAACAAAUUUGUCCAAGUUAGGAGUGACAAGUGCACAGUUGGAAGAAUGCCCAUUCACAAUAAAUUGGUUUAUUGGGUCGUCAUUCAGAGAGUCAUGUAUGGUAGAGGAGGGUUGGAGGUUCCAAAGGAUCCAGAGCUCAUUCAGCAGCUGACAUUAGAAGCAGUCAAAGACUUCCCUUCAGAAACGAUAGACAUGAUAAGCAAUAGUGACAUUGAAUCAUUAUCUAAAUCACGCUUGAGAUACCGUUCGCCGUGGGACAUUCUGGCAGGAAACUUUCGAAAAGGAAGCGUGACAGUGGCUGGCGAUGCCAUGCAUCCGAUGGGACCUUUCCUUGCCCAGGGUGGCGCUGUUGGCAUUGAAGACUCAGUUGUCAUUGCUAGAUGUUUGGCUCAGAAGUUGGCUGAAAAUUAUGAUAAAAAAUCAAGGGCAAAGCAUAUAAUGAUGAUGGAAGUGGAAGAGGCUUUGGAUAAGUAUGUGAAGGAAAGAAGGAUGAGACUCGUGCAGCUGUCAACACAAAGUUUUCUUGCUGGUUUGCUACAUCAAGAUUCUUCAGGGUUGGUCAAAUUUCUGUGUGUCAUCUUGAUGGCCGCUCUUUUUCGUGAUAUGAAUCGUAGCACUCGAUUUGAUUGUGGACGCCUUUAAAACUCUAGUGUUGCUUUAAGUUGAUGCAUUUUAACUAGAUUCAAAUAAUGCUAUCGUUCUGUGAUCGGUGUUUUGUUUUUAAUUGAAAUAAACUUCUUAAUGCAAUGAUAUUGCAUAGUUGAGGGAAUAAUGACUUUUUUGAAAUGCCA